GUGGCCCGACCCGAGAAAUAUUGGGAGUGAGAGAGCGGAUCGGGUUCGGAAAUUAGGCUUUAGAAUCCUAAAUUUGAAAUCAUCGCCGUCGUAGCCCACCAAGAGAGAGAGGAAUGCAGAAGAGGGAACAGAGCAAAUUGGGUGGAGGUGCCGGCGGGGCUGCAGCUCCGCCGGCGAAGAGAGGCCGCCCCUUUGGUAGCACUAGCAGCAAUGCUGCCGCCGCCGCAGCAGCAGCAGCCGCCGAUACUGCAGCUCCGUCGACCCUCCUCGGCCCGUCUCUUCACGUCCACAGCUCUUUCGCUGAUCAAAACAAUAAAAGGAUAGUUCUGGCUCUUCAGAGUGGACUAAAGAGUGAACUGACAUGGGCGUUGAAUACUCUCACUUUACUCUCUUUCAAAGAAAAGGAUGACUUUCGAAAAGAUUCAACUGCACUUGCAAAAAUUCCUGGUUUGCUUGAUGCUCUACUGCAAGUUAUUGAUGACUGGCGUGAUAUCGCACUUUCUAAAGAACUCAUAAAGGAACCAAGAGUAAGAACUUUAGGUGCAAAUUCUAUGGUAACAGGAUUUGGGCAUGAAUAUGAGGCAUUGGGCUCCAAUGGCGGUCUUCUGCAUUCUGGCUUGGGAUCCGGUUCUUCUGUCACAGAAUCAUCAACGCCAAAUAAUGUGACCAAAAGUCGUCCAUCAGAGUGGUGGCUUGAUGAAGAUGGUCUCUUUAAUCUUGAUGAAGAAGGGCGAGCAGAAAAACAGCAGUGUGCUGUUGCUGCUUCAAACAUCAUCCGUAACUUCUCUUUCAUGCCAGAAAAUGAAAUGAUUAUGGCUCAACAUAGGCAUUGCUUGGAAACAGUAUUCCAGUGCAUUGAAGACUACGUUACAGAGGAUGAAGAACUAGUGACAAAUGCUCUCGAGACAAUUGUAAAUUUGGCUCCAUAUCUUGAUCUUCGAAUUUUUAGCUCAUCGAAACCAUCCUACAUUAAGAUAACAGAAAUACGUGCAGUUCAAGCAAUCAUGGGCGUGCUGGGAUCUACAGUUAAAGCCUGGCAUUGUGCCGCAGCUGAGUUACUUGGGCGGUUGAUAAUAAACCCUGAUAAUGGACCUUUUCUUCUUAACUUUGUUCCACAGAUACACAAGCGCUUGGUUGAUCUUAUGAGUUUACCAGCAUUAGAUGCGCAAGCAGCUGCUGUUGGUGCACUUUAUAACCUUGCUGAAGUAAACAUGGACUGUAGGUUGAAACUUGCAAGUGAAAGAUGGGCAAUUGACAGACUGCUAAAAGUUAUCAAAGCGCCACAUCCGGUUCCAGAAGUUUGUAGAAAAGCUGCAAUGAUAUUGGAGAGCCUUGUGUCUGAACCACAGAACAGAGCUUUGCUUCUUGCUUAUGAGAAUGCCUUUGCAGAGAUUCUAUUCUCUGAUGCUAGAUAUUCUGAUACUUUUGCCAGGAUAUUGUACGAAUUGACAUCUAGACCAAAUAACAAAGUUGCAGCUGCACGUGGUGUCUGGGGUAUGUAAUUUUUAAGAUUCUGUAGAAAUCUUGGUUGAAUGUUUGACUUUGGUUUGUAUGAAAUGUAUUGUAUUGUUGGCCAGCUAAUGACUAUACGUGUAGUCUAAUUUCUAUGUACAGCUUGGUUGAGUAACAUUUUGGUCAAAAUUGGAUUACUUUCUUAUUCGUUGA